AUGGGUUCCUUCGAUUGUUACUGUAUCUUAUGCUCUGUCUGCAUGAACAUUGGCGCCAUCACGAUUGGAUCGAGAAAUGGCAAGUCUUUGCGUAAGAGAGAUCGUGUAAUUGACAGAAGAAUGGGGAGACGUUCUGGGAAGAAGUUGGGACGCGGAUACAUUGAGAGUGAAGAUGAAGACGAAGAGAUGGAAGAUGCGAUCGACCCUGAAGCAGUGGAGAAGCAACGCAUUGAGCAGCAAGAACAGGAGGAAGACGAUGCAGAUUCGGAUUAUGAAUAUUCUUCAGACUCUUCUUCUGAAGACACAGAAUCUGUCGAUAGCAACGACUCCGACUUACUUGCGAGAUCAUCCGAGAUUCUUGACGUCGCUCUUCGGCCUCGUACUCCCGAGCCUGAGCCUAUGGAAGAAGUCGAUGAUGGAAGUUGGUCGCAAGAUCCCGAGUUGGACAUUCGCGAAGACUGGGAUGUUGACAACUAUGCCAGUACCGAGAACACCGAGGAAAACAGUUUUGAUCCUAGACUCCUCCGACUAGACGACGUCAGAUGGAUCAAUCGGGUCCGCGCACUGGCGAUAAAUCACAAGAGGAAAGCCUACAUAUCCGGACGAGGCCGAUACGACGACUAUGGCUUUCUUGAUAUCAAGGGACCUGGAAGAGAUCCAAAUGAUCCGGGUGAAGAUGCCCUGAACCUUACAACUUACACCGGGGGUGAGGGCAACCAGGCUUUUCCAUUUCAUGAGGCAUGCUUUGACAUUCUUGCGAAGAGCAUAGGACUUGAGAAGGGCAGAGACAUUGACAAGCACGUAAUGUGGAGGACGCUUAGCGCUCUUCUGGUCGACGCAACACCAGUUCUGGACGUGGACUAUCAGCUUUCGUCCGGUCAUGACCAAUUUUGGGCCAAUAAUCCGGGAGCCGAGUAUGAAGUGUGCGACCCUUCCCCCCGACCUGUUCUCCAGGAAAGCAUACAAGACAUCCUACCCGCCAAUAUCUUCGAUGGGACUCCUCAGGUGGCAGAUCUGGCGCACAAGGUGCGUAGUGAUCCUAUCACAGUCCUUCCAUACGACUUGCUCCUUGAAGUCCUUGGCUAUGUUGACUCGAAAGACAUGAUUUCAUUGAUGCAAGCUUCGUAUCACGUCAAUAGCGUCACUCGCGAAGCUGCAUUCUGGAAACAUAUGCUGCGCUUGCGUAUCCUGCCAUGGUUUUACGAGCUGCGUUACUUUGUUGAGACUGCUACCACCGAUGCGCUCGACUAUAAAGGUCUCUUUCUCUGGGUGAAUGCAUCAACUCUUCCCAGAUACGGCAACCAGGGACCGCUCAUGCAUAUAGCAAAUCGACGUCGGAUCUGGGGCUGCUGCCAGCCCGUGGCCUCACUCUACAAGAAAACGACUGGGCCGGUCGAGCCCGCUGAACCGGCAGACUCGGAGGAAGCAAAAGCGAUUCUAGACAGCUCUCUAUGCUUACACAUGCCCACGACCAUGUAUCCCUCACCAGCCGAGGCCGAGGCCGUCUCCGCACAGUUCGUCCACUCCUGGAGUGAGCUUACGCAUCGUGCCUGCGUCUUGGACACAUACUGGCGGGAGGUUUACAACUGCCCCGACUACCUAGUGGGAAUUUCUAUCACCUUGGGUGACCAAACAAGAUUGUUUGGCAGCUCUGAGGGAACCACUGGACGUCCAUUUCAUCUCGAUCGUGGGGAGUGGAUCAAGGAGAUCGUCUGCUAUGUCGAAAGCAUCGACAUGUUGAAGGAGAACCAGGAUGGGGCUGAUCGGACGCCUGAGGAUGUUAGGCCAUCUAAAACUGCUACCAUCACUGGUAUUAUGGUGUCAUUGAAUACUGGAAAAAAGAAGAUGAUGAGACAGAGUUAUGGCGGUGUGGAGAGGCCUUUCCAAGUGUUGGAUGGCAUGCAUCUGGUGGGGAUGACGGGUCAAAUUGCUUCAAGUGGCGCAAUCUCACGUCUCGGUAUUCUUCAAGCUUCCAGACCGGACUCAGGACUACUCUCUCAGCCGCGAUAUACAUCCGCUCAGCAGAUGGCAUGGGGAAAGCAAGGGAAAUGGCUACCCUACGAUGAUCAGAGCGGUCGUCAAAAGUAUCCUAAGCAUGCUACGGUCUGGUCGCAUCCUACGAUCCAUUUCGAGCCCUUCCCUGCUUCCACCCACCCCAUAGCAUACGAACUCCCCGAGGAUAUGAUGCCUAACGACGUUUUCAUGUGGAGCAAGGACAACACUGCUAUCGAAUGCUUCCAGCCCACUGCGACGAGCAUUUCCAUGCCUCACGAUCCGACACCGACAGCAAAACCCACCGAAGAAUCCAUGGGAUCGAUCAACACGACACCCGCAUCCACCGUUCUACCCAGCUCCCAUCUUGAAACCGACACGUCGCUACCUCUCUACCAACUUCACACUGGUAUUGAUAUCGUCGGCAUCAACCCCGCUCCUCAUAACCAGUUCGGUGGUCGCGGCCGCGGCGUCGGCCAUCGCGGACCCGUUCUAUGUCAAUCCCCCAGAUGGGCGCACGAAAUGACUUGGCCUCUCCGAGAAUCCCUCAAGGCAGCAUGGGAAGACAUCCAAAAGCAGAAACCCCGUCCGUUAGGCAGCUCCGACCAACACAACACCGUCAUUUUCCCCUUAAACCAAGAAUCCAUCACUGAAGUCCACGUCGAGCAGCAAUACCGCGCUCUCAAACUCGUUACGCAGACUGGUCGUGUGGGUUACUUCGGCGAGCCGGAUAUGCGGGAUUGGUUCGUGAGGAAGGCGGUGGGUGGGGAGCGGAUUGUGGGGAUUAGUGCGUGUUUUGGGGCGUUGGGUGGGUGGAGUGAGUCGGCGAGGAUGUGGAGUCAUCUCAAAUUGAGUCGUGUGGGUGUUGUUUUUGAGAGGGUUGAUGGGGAGGGGAAGGUGAUUAGUAAGGAGGGAGAAAAGAAGAUGAGAGAGAAGGGUGUGGUGUUUGAGGAGGGGAGCGUUGUUAUGUGCUCGGAGUAG